AUGGCUCCCUCGAAACCAACAUUAUCGGCGUUGGGCGAUGAGGACUGUGCAAAACCCAGAGGAGAAGCGCACUGGCGCGUCAAGCGGCAUCCAGUUCUAGCGCCACUCCAGUGGCUACACGCCCUUCAGUGGGCACCAGAUUCGCGCGACAGGCUGAGAUGUUUUUCAUGCGGCGAGCUCGGGCAUCGGCAGGCCACGUGCCCUCGGUCGGGCGAUUCCCGUACGCUGCUCGCUGGUGACAGUGGUGUCCAGGAGUACGACGGCCCGCAUAUAUUAGACGAGAAUCCAUCUUUGAGGUGCAUGUGCACGGCGACGUCGGUCAGUGCUUAUUCUUCAUUGAUCAUGCUUGGCAUUUGCGCUUCUGAAGAAGAAUUCGAAAACAUUAUUGUCAACUUCGUUGCAAUCUACACCAGUCCCUUCACUAUCUGGAGACUCUCCUUAGUCCCAAGCGUGCUACUCACUCAGAGGGUGUUAAACAAAGAUGAUGAUUUCUCUCUUAAAGCUAUUGAUUUUGGGCUUUCUGUUUUCUUCAAGCCAAGUCACAUUUUCAUGGAUCUGUUUGGGAUCCCAUCCUACGUGCCACAUGAGGUUACAGAAGAAAACGGGAAUUAUUUUAGAGCCAAGUCACAUUUUCUUUUGGAGAAUUAUGGCCCAGAAGCAUACGUGCAUUAUUUUGGAAAAUAUGGCUCUACUUUAAAGGUUACAACACAACGUGAUCUUUUGGAUGCAACAAAUGUACACAAUAGUGGGCCGAUGAGGAUUGGACUGGUUGACUCGUCCAAGAAUACAGUGAAGGUUGGCACGGAUUGGCGUACG